AUGUCCCCUCAUAGCACGCUCGGGGUACCUACAGCCACCAACCCGGUCUUCGAGGCCUAUGGACUUCCUGGAGACAUAACUAUCGGCAGCAACACACCGGGACCACACCCCUCAUCUGUCGAGAGACCAGUCCACUACGCGGACUGGGACAAACCAGGUCCUACCGGGUAUGUGGUCUCGGACCACAUGAUCAACGAGGUUCCUGUUAGCAAGCCCACAUUCAAGAUCCUCAUCAUCGGUGCUGGCGCUGCUGGCAUUGAUUUUCUGCAUUAUGCACCUAAACUUCUCGCCGGCCUCGGAGUCAAUAUCGUUUGCUACGACAAGAACUCAGAUAUUGGCGGCACUUGGCUCGAAAACCGCUACCCCGGAUGCGCUUGUGAUGUCCCCAGUGUGGGAUACACGUUUCCCUGGAAAGCCAACCCUUACUGGACCAGCUUCUACUCAACGAGCCAGGAGAUCUGGAAGUACAUGAAGGAUAUCGUCGAUGAAGAGGGAAUGAUGAAAUACAUCACCCUGAACACGAGGAUCGAUGCUGCUCGUUGGGAUGAACAGCGGAGUCUCUGGGUGGUGAAGCUCUCUCAGUCGCAAGAUGGCCAAGAGUCCAAAGAAUGGGAAGAGGAAUGCGAUCUGCUCUUAAACGGCGCCGGUUUUUUGAACGCCUGGAAAUGGCCAGAUAUCCCGGGACUUAAAACCUUCCAGGGCGACCUUUUUCACACUGCCCACUAUAAGGAAGGGUACGACUUAAAGGGCAAAAGAGUAGCGGUCAUCGGCUCCGGAAGCUCUGGAGUCCAAGUUUGUGCGUCCAUCUAUAAGGAUGUUGAGCACAUGUAUACCUGGGUUCGAAACCCGACCUGGAUCACGGCGGCCUUUGGUCAACAAUUCGCUGGCAAGGAUGGCCGGAAUUUCGACUACACUGAGGAGCAGAAACGUGCCUUUAACGAGGAUCCGACAAGAUAUCAGCGGUAUAAGAAGAUGAUUGAGAAUGAACUGAAUAAACGUUUCAAGUUGGUCCUCCGAAACACCAAGGAGUCAGACGAAGCGAAUGCUUACGCCUUCAAAGAAAUGUCGACUAAACUGGAGGGCAAGCCUGAACUACGAGAUGCCAUCAUCCCGGAUAACUUCAACGUGGCUUGCCGAAGGCCCACCCCCGGCAACGGCUAUCUAGAAGCCCUCGCCGGCGAGAAGACCACCGUCUUCACCAAGAAUAUCCACUCCAUUACGGAGCGCGGGGUUGUGGAUUCGGCAACGGGCAAGGAGUACGAGGUCGAUGUGAUCAUCUGCGCCACAGGAUUCGACACCUCGUUCCGCCCGCGGUUCCCCCUUACAGGUCUCGACCCAAAGACCACGUUAACCGAGAAGUGGUCAAAAUUCCCGGCCAGCUAUCUCGGUAUCGGCGUCGACGGCUUCCCCAACUACUUCACCUACUCGGGGCCCUUUACGCCCGUCGCGCAGGGCUCCAUUCUGCCUAUCCUCUCCAUGCUAACGAAUCACUUUAUAGAGAUCAUCCGCAAGAUGCGGACACAGCAUAUUCGCCGCCUGAGCCCCAAGACGCAGUCCGUGCUCGAUUUCGCCGAGCACGCGUCGACCUUCAUACCCCGGACGUGCUGGGCGGACCCUUGUUCCUCGUGGUUCAAGCAGGGCACCAAGGACGGCCCCGUCGUCAUGUGGCCGGGCUCGCGUCUCUCCUUCUUCGAGGUCCUCCACCACCCGAACUACGAGGACUACGAGAUCGAGUACUGGAGCAAGAACCGCUGGGGUUAUCUAGGCAAUGGCUUCGUUGACUUCGAGUUCACUGGCACCAGAGACCUAACCUGGUACUUGGACGCAUUCUCGGACCGCAAGGAAUGGGAGCGCGGCGUCGAGUUCAACAGGGACCCCGAUGAGUUCCGCAAUGUCAGUGCUGGCGCGUUGCCGGGUCAAAAGACGCUGGGCCGUGGUAAGGAGCACACGCCUGUGGAGGUGGUCAACGGCGUGCCGGAUGCUGGACACUAG